GACAGCAUGAACAGGAUCAGGAUCCUCGUUUUGUCUUUUGCCGUUUCUUGUUCGACACAGCAAUCGUCCAAUACAACAUUGUUUUUGAUCUCAGGCCCAGACGUCCUGCACGCUGGUACACCCACUCCUUUGGCGUUCACUGUUUUCACCAACUUCUCUGGCAAAAUAACAGCUGAAGUUGCAUACGGCAGCACGAAAGUAGCUCAAACAGAGGACUUCCAAGGAGGUCUGACCAAGAUCCUCACACUUCCUCCUUUUCCAGCCUCCGUACCUCCAAACUCCCCGUUGAAUUUGACAGUUUUUGGCUUCAGGGAGAGCAGUCAGAUUUUUACCAAGACCUCUGGCCUCACCUUCAACCUUAAGAAUGUCUUCACCUUCAUUCAAAUGGACAGAUCGCGCUACAAACCGGGGGACACCAUCAGAAUCAGGGUUGUGUUGGUCCAGAUGGAUAAUAAGCCGUAUCAAGGGAAAGUAGACAUGUCUGUACUGAAUCCAAACAGGACAACUGUUGACAGGUGGUCCACUACAGAGAGUCUGGGAAUCUCCUUGAAAGACUUCCGUUUGCCCCAGACCGCUGCUUUUGGACAGUGGGUGAUCACAGCCAUGGUGAAUGGGGUAACUGAUGAGAAAAGAUUCACUGUGGAGGAUCGGAGCAACACAUCUACCAAUAACUCUCCGUUUGUCGUGCUGAUCAGGACUUCAUCACAAGUGUUUGUUGGUGAUGACAUCACAGGAUCCGUGAGAGCGUUUUAUUCCAGUGGACAACCUGUACAAGGCACGUUGGUUGUAACCGUCACUUUGGAGCCUUCAUUCUUAACACAAACCAAAUCAAUCUAUGGGUCUACAAAGUUUUUCUUCAGCAGAGAUCAACUCCAGGCUUUAUACUCUUCAUCAACAUUUAGCAGCAACAGCCUUGUUUACCGCAUUAUUGCCCAAGUUAAUGACAACUUCACAGGGUUUAAAGUGAACAAAACGGUUGAAGUCCACCUCGUGCAGGACAAAUUCCACCUCAUGUUCCUCAAUUUUCCACCCUCCCUAAAGCCAUCCUUACACUUCUCUACCAAUCUUCGGAUCAGAAGAUCUGAUGGGAAGCCUCUAAGCUUGUUCGAUUCAAACCACUCUGCUGUGGUUGAAGUCACUCAGAAAUCCUCAUUCAUGAAUGUAUCUACAAAUCUUACACUUCCUGUACCAAAGGAUGGAAACGUACUCGUCCAGUUUAAAUUACACAAUCAAGCAGAGAUGCUUAUAAUAAGAGCCAUAUAUCAGUCCAGUGAGGAGACACUGAAGGUCUACAACAACCACACCUCUUCUAGUGGUUCAUAUAUUCAGAUCUACCCGGUCAACACAGUACCUGCACAGGUGGGCUUACCAUUUCAACUUAAUGUGGAGAGUACCUUCAAACCAAUGACGCUUCACUUUGUGGUAGCCUCUAAAGGUCAAGUGGUGGCUGCUGGAACAAAAAACUUCUCUUCCCUUUUGGAUCUCACACCAACAUCGUCCUGGUACCCUGAGGCUUGUGUCACCGUUUAUUGCAUCCUCUCUGAUGGGGAGAUCAUCAGCGACACAGCACAAAUACCCAUCCAUCAAAACAGCCAUAUAACUCUAAAAUGGAGCAGUGAUCGAGCCCAGCCAGGUGAGCGGGUAUCUCUCAUUGUGGCAGGCAAUGAAUCCAGGUUUCAAGUGGCAAUCGCGGUAAAAGGGAUGCAAAAUGAUGCACCCCAACCUUACACCGAGCUGUUAAUGGAGCAGAAAUGCAAUCUUCAGAUGAUGACGAAUGCAGUAUUGAACAAUAAAAAGCAACCAGAUGGAUCUAAAAAUGAUAGUGGCAGUGGCCUAAAUAUUGAAAAGUACUGGAGCCAGUGGAUUGGUACUACAGACUCACUGCUGUUGUUAGACACAAAUGUCAGUGAUAAGAACUGGAAGAGUGGGAAAAUAGCGGUGCCCGAUGGUGUCACUUCUCUUGAAGCUUUUGCACUCGUGAUGUCGGAGAACCUGGGUUUGAGUUUCAUUCCUGUGCCACUAAAGCUGACCGUAUCCAAAGAUUUCUCCUUGUCUUUUAUUGUCCCACCAUACGUCAUCAGACGGGAGGAAAUUGUGCUGGAAGUAAACGUAACCAACCAUUUGGACCACGACAUUGGGGUUAUUGUGUUUAUUGCACAGACUGAGGCCUUUGAGUUUGUUAUGACGGAUCAACGGGACAAAUCGAUUAUAAACGCCCAGAGACUCACCUUGAGAAGCCAUCAGACUGCUUCAACUUUUUUCCCCAUAAGGCUUUUGGCUUUGGGCGACAUUGAAAUAUCUGUGGUUGCCAUGUCUCUAGAGGCCUCAAACAGCUUUUCCCAGAGAAUCCUGGUGAAGCCUGAAGGAGUUGAACAGUCCGUCUCACAGACAUUGUUCCUGGAGCUGGCAGAAAAACAAAAUGGUGCCAGAUCUGUUUCCUUUUCUUUUCCUUCAGAUGUGGUACCAGGAAGCCAAAGGGCCCAUAUAUCACUGGUUGGCGAUAUCUUGGCUCUGUCCAUCAAUUACUUGGAUUCACUGGUUCAGAGGCCCACCGGGUGUGGGGAGCAGAACAUGAUUCACUUUGCUCCAAGUAUCUACGUCCUCCAGUAUCUGGACAAGUCGGCCCAGGAUGACCCAGAGAUCAGGAGCAAAGCAUUGAGCUACAUGAUGACAGGUUAUCAGAAUCAACUGUCCUAUCAAAGAGCCGAUGGUUCCUUCAGUGCUUUUGGACGAAACGACACUUCUGGUAGUAUCUGGUUAACAGCUUUUGUGCUGCGGUGCUUCCUUCAGGCUCAGUCCUACAUGCAAAUAAACACGAGUGUCCUGACCAGUGCCAUGGGAUGGCUCUUGAAACAUCAAGGGCCCAAGGGGGAGUUUGUUGAGGUUGGCAGGGUCAUCCACUCUGAGAUGCAGCGCGGGUUGGAUGAUGACUCAGUAGCUCUCACAGCUUAUGUGCUACUGGCAUUUUUGGAGGAUGAUACUUAUUCUGCCAUGUUUGAAAGCAAUGUGUCUCUGGCCCUGAAAUACCUGGAGAGCAAAGUGUCGAGUGGUGUGAUCCGCAGCAACUACAGCCUGUGUUUGGUGGCGUACGCUUUAGCUCUGGGCGGCAGCCCCAAAGCUGCUAUAGCGCUCACAGAGCUCAGCAAAAGGGACGACUACACAGAUGAUGUCAUGAUAUGGAUGUCCUCUGCUGGCACGAGGUCACUUGAUCAGCAGCCGAGCUCGACACAGAUCGAGAUGGCCUCGUAUGUUUUGUUGGCUUUUUUCAUGCGAGGCAGCUUCAUUGAAGGGAUCUCCCUCGUGAAGUGGUUAAGCACACAAAGGACUCAUCAAGGUGGUUUUGGAACGACUCAAGACACCGUCGUUGCUCUCCAGGCUCUGGCUUACUACGCUGCGUUCAGUGGUGCCAAUGCCAUUGACAUCAAGUUUAACAUAUCUUCCUCCUCGUCUUCGUUUGUGUCACUGUUUCGCAUCAACGCAAUGAACUAUCGAACUUAUCAAAGCCAAGAGAUUAACCCUGUAGAAGAUUUACCUCUGCAAAUAUACAUGGAAGGAAGAGGAUUUGCCAUAUUUCAGCUGAACGUCUUUUACAACGUGAAGAGCAACAACUUGCAGCAGACCUCAGAUGAGGAUGCGUUCGUAUUAACAUCUCAUCUCACUCAAACUGACACUGAUCACAUGAUGAUGUCUGUGUGCACAAGAUUAAAAGACAGUCAGCCAAUAAAUAAUACAGGGAUGGCUAUAAUGGAUGUGGGCAUGCUCAGUAGCCUUGAUCUUCCUCCUGAAGCUGCGGUUGAAGCAGAUUUUAUCAGACGUGUGGAGAGAGGGCCCUAUAAAAUCAGCCUGUAUCUGGAUUCUGUCAACAAGUCAGAGGUUUGCGUUAAAUUUCCUUUGGUCAGAAAACACAAAGUGGCUCGUGUUCAAGAUGCUGUGCUGCAGGUUUACGACUACUAUGAACCCACAAGGAAAACAACAAAAACAUACAACUCAGACUUUCUCCUCAACACGAACUCCUGUUCUUUCUGUGGUGAAAAGUGUGAUUCCUGUCAGCCGGGGAUCACCAUCACAGUCAAGUCCCCGGUGUCUCGUUCCACCACAGAAACCGUCUACAGCCUGAUCUGCUUAUGCCUUGGAGUCGCUGCUUUUCUUGUUGUUGUCUAAUCAUAAGAGUGGCAUAAAGCUGGUCCAUGCAUGUUUCAAAUGUUGAC